AAAGGAAACGCCAUGUUUCUCCUACCUGCUACACGAUCAGCCUCAGGCUUAGAUGAAGCAAACCUGCGAACCAGCAGGUUUACAAAAUUAUUUAACAUGCCUUCCCCUUUUUUGCGCCACCUCCUCCCCCCUCAUAAGUAAGGAACAGUCCCUAAAUGCUGUCCAAUGUGGUGCCAGAGGUGGCUAAAUCCGUGAAUACUACAAAUGAUGGGACUGUCUAUCAAACUCCUAGUAACAGAGGAGUUAUCUGACUGUAGUGGAUCGCAGGCAGAGACUCCGGUCAAAGAUCAAUCAUCUGAACGGCAGCACGAGCCGGGGGUGACGUCACAGCAGCGAAGAGGAACGUGCGCCGCGACCUGGCCAGCUGUGUGUGUGUUUGAGUGGCUUCGUGGUGACAGUGGCUAGCUUUAACACAAGGAAGUCGAGGACAUGAAAGCACAAACAAAGACAAAAACCGUCGACUUUCCCUCACGAGACUCCUGAUUUUUCCAUCCAGCUCAGGCACACAUUGUGUCAGCCAUGUGUCCUCUUGUUGCCGAUCUCCCAGCAGUUUCCUCUAAGAUGGAGAUGAGCCGAGGCAGCACUGCCAUGUCUGUGUGUACCCCAUCAUCCUCCUCAGUGUGAGCCACCAUCAGCUGCGUGUCACUGUGAUAGUCAAAAUUUGCAUUCAAACAUGGCCACUGUUCCUCCUGGGAUCCGCCUGCUAGUGGCCUUCAACAGGGACCAGUGGUACAGAGCUCUCACAUUCAUCCUCACCUUUCUGCUUUACACCAGCUUCCACCUCUCCAGGAAACCCAUCAGUAUUGUCAAGAGCGAGCUCCAUAAGAACUGUUCAUCUGUCAGUGAGCUAGCCACCAUUGCCUCCAGCAGCAGCAGUAGCAGCCAGCAGCCCUUCCUGCCAUCUCUUCACACCGACAUGGACUGUAGCUGGAAACCUUUUGAUAAAAGGAACUACAGGCAGCUGCUGGGAGCCAUGGACUACUCCUUCCUCUGUGCCUACGCAGUGGGAAUGUACCUCAGUGGCAUUAUCGGGGAGCGCCUGCCUAUCCGACUAUAUCUAACAGUGGGCAUGCUGACCAGUGGCCUGUUCACCUGCCUAUUUGGACUGGGUUAUGUCUACAACAUCCACAACCUGGGCUUCUAUAUAUUUGUCCAGGUGGCCAAUGGCUUGGUCCAAACCACUGGCUGGCCCAGUGUAGUGACCUGCAUUGGUAACUGGUUUGGGAAAGGAAGGCGUGGACUCAUCAUGGGGUUGUGGAACUCUCACACCUCAGUGGGAAACAUCAUGGGCUCUCUGAUCGCAGGCUACUGGGUCUCCUCCAACUGGGGCCUGUCCUUCAUUGUACCAGGGCUCAUUAUUGCUUUCAUGGGCAUCGUCUGCUUCCUCUUCCUCAUUGAGCAUCCAAAUGACGUGAAAAGCAUGUAUGCUCAAAAUACGUCUCCGGGCAAGAGUGUUCCAGCCAAGAGUUGGAGUGGUGUAAAUGGACACACUGGGGUGUAUCUGCAGUACAAGGACAACAAAACCCAGAGCUACGACACAGAGCUGCUGUUGCCCCGGGACAGUGUGUGUGUCCCCACACAGCCGGUCGUGGUGGUAAAGAGAGAAUCAGAGCCGUCCGCCAUCAGCUUCAUGGGAGCUCUACGCAUACCAGGAGUGGUUGAGUUCUCUUUGUGUCUGCUGUUUGCCAAGCUGGUCAGCUACACCUUCCUCUUCUGGCUGCCACUCUACAUCACCAAAGCAGCUCAUCUAGAUGCCAAGAAGGCUGGAGAUCUCUCCACCCUGUUUGAUGUGGGAGGAAUAGUGGGUGGGAUCUUGGCAGGAGUGAUAUCUGAUAAACUGGGGAAGAGAGCCACCACCUGUGCAGUCAUGCUGCUGCUGGCUGCUCCCACACUGUAUGGCUUCUCCAUGAUCAGUGAGUUUGGGCUGGGGCCAACCAUUGGCAUGCUGUUAGUGUGUGGAGGCCUAGUCAAUGGACCAUACGCCCUCAUCACAACCGCAGUGUCUGCUGAUUUGGGGACCCACAAAAGCCUGAAAGGCAAUGCCAGAGCAUUGUCUACUGUCACUGCCAUCAUCGAUGGCACAGGAUCUGUAGGUGCAGCACUGGGCCCCCUGCUGGCUGGGCUGUUGUCUGCAGGCGGCUGGGAUCAGGUCUUCUACAUGCUGAUGACUGCUGACUUCCUUGCUCUGUUGCUUCUGCUACGGCUUGUGACAAAGGAGCUGACCUCAACUAAAUCCCGUCCCAUCUCCACUGUAGAGUUGAAGGAACACUGAGCACUUUGAUUGCACUGCCUCCACGCAGGAGAUCACACACCCACACACACAGCAAUGAAACCACUUGUCUUAGCCUGAAUUGGACUGUGGCUCUGACUGUCCUGGACAUGACCCCACA